CUGUUCCGGGGAUUCAGCCGAAUGGCGUCGGUAAAGAUGCAUCAUUGCAAGAUGCAUUUUCUAUGUGUAUUCCUGCUUUCGUUAGCUUCUGGUGUUGAAUUGAUUGGAAACGAUAAAAGUUUAGGAUGCCGAAUCGAAAACGGUGAGCCAGUGGAUUGGUACUAUCUCUACAAGCUACCGAAAGAACCUUCCGAACACGAUUCGCCCACCAAUGGAUUGCGGUAUGUCUAUGUCUCAUCGAAGGAUGAGCACGGAGAAGACAUUUUACGAUGGAAUAGUGGCCAUUUCACCGUCAACCAGUCGGAAAGUGCACCAGGGAGUACGAUCGUACAACCGUUGUCGAAUGAACCCACCACCUUGACAAUUAUCUACAACGACGAACCUGCCAAUGGACCAGUCGACGGCGAACGGGGCCAUACCAAAGGUGUUGUCAGUACGGAUGGAAAGACCGGCUACUGGUUGAUCCAUUCCGUUCCCAAGUUUCCACCACAGAUCGGCACCGGAUAUAGCUACCCCCAUACCGGCAUGCUGUACGGGCAGAGUUUUCUCUGCAUUUCGCUCGACGGCUCGCAGAUGGAAACCGUUGGCCACCAGCUGCUGUUCAACGAGGUGAAUGUUUAUUCCGCCCGCAUCCCAUCGCAUCUAACCGAUCGCUUCCCGAUGUUGACGCGCGCGGCAAAGAUGUUACCGGGAGAAAAAUCGCCUCCAUUCUACAGCCAACAAACAAUCCGUUCCGCGGGUGGAGUGGAGUUUGUCACGUUCGCCAAAAGUCGCCUCUUUGCGAAGGAACUGUACGCCGAUUGGAUUGCACCAACGUUGGAUGUGGGACUGUUGGUGGAAAGCUGGCAGCAUGGAGCGGGCAAUUUGCCUAGUGAAUGUUCCGGCCGGCCGCACGCUGUGAUGAAUGUGCAGGAAGUGUCGAUCGACGGGAAGGAACGGUUUGCUACGUUAAAGGAUCAUUCCAAGUGGGCCGUCGAUGAAAGUGCCGAGAGCCGGUGGAUUUGUGUCGGGGAUAUCAACCGGCAGGAGCACCAGAAGCAACGUGGUGGUGGCAGUGUUUGCCGCUUGUCGCCCGAUGUGGCCGGACUUUACCGGGGAAUGGUCGAUUCCGUGGAACCGUGUCCGAAAAGCGAAGGAACCGUCUUGCUUAAGUGUAAGUGACAGUGGAAUAAAAAUGAAGUGAAGUGAAAUAACGAAAUGAAUUAAAUUAUAAUUUUUGCACUAAA